UGAGGUACUUACAUGUAGCUGGUGUCACCAUUGUUCUUGUAAGUAUAUAAUGAUGUCAAUAAUAUCAGAAACAUUUACAUGUAGCUGGUGUCACCAUUGCUCUUGUAAGUAUAUAAUAAUGAUGUCAAUAAUCUCAGAAGCAUUUACAUGUAGCUGGUGUCACCCAUGCUCUUGUAAGUAUAUAAAGAUGUCAAUAAUCUCAGAAGCAUUUACAUGUAGCUGGUGUAACCCAUGCUCUUGUUAGUAUAUAAUGAUGUCAACCAGAACAACGGCAACGCCAAAGCGUAGCGAAUCCCAUCAAACAGCCAUGGAUGGCAUUUUUACAAACAAAGUAUAUAGCAAAAAUGGCAGCCAUUUUUCAAAAUGGCCGCCUUCUACCAAAAGUGUCAUUAGACCAUGUGCCAUGCUUAUAGUAUUCACAUACCAAAUAUGAACAAAAUCGCUCUACUACUUUUCAAGUUAUAGUAAAAUAUGUUAAAAUGGCGGCCAUUUUUCAAAAUGGCCACCUUCUACCAAAAGUGCCAUUAGACAGUGUGCCGUGCUUAUAGUAUUCACAUACCAAAUAUGAACAAAAUCGCUUCACUACUUUUCGAGUUAUAGUAAAAUACGUUAAAAUGGCGGCCAUUUUUCUACCAAAAGUGUCAUAGGACAGUGUGUCAUGCUUAUAGUAUUCACAUACCAAAUAUGAACAAAAUCGCUCCACUACUUUUCGAGUUAUAGUAAAAUAUGUUAAAAUGGUGGCCAUUUUUCAAAAUGGCGGCCAUUUUGAAAAAUGGCCGCCUUCUACCAAAAGUGUCUUUAAGCAGUGUGCAAUGUUUAUAGUAUUCACAUACCAAAUAUGAACAAAAUCGCUCCACUACUUUUCAAGUUACAGCAAAAAUCGUAAAAUAACUAGUAAAGUCCGCCAUUUUUCAAGAUGGCUGCCAUGUGCUUCUUUAAUAUCUACAUUCCUAGCUUUAUUAAUGUCCUAUAUAAUUUUUUUACAUCUCAAACAUAUUGCUAUUACAGUUUUACAUAUUGCACCUAAAUUACUGUAAAUUUGGCACUAAAAUGGCCGCCAUUUUGAAAUGAGUGGCCAUUUUGAAAAUAGGCUUUUGAGCAGAACUUCUACCCCCAUAGGGUAUAUGUGUACAAAAUAUGAACAAAAUCGGGCCAACGGUAUUUGAGUUAUUGCCCGGACGGACGGACGGAUGUACGGACGUACGUAUGGACGGACGGACGGACGGACGGAGGCGUUCCCUAUAUCCCUCCGAACUUCGUUCGAUGGGAUAAUAAUCUCAGAAGCAUUUACAUGUAGCUGGUGUCACCAUUGCUCUUGUAAGUAUAUAAAGAUGUCAAUAAUCUCUGAGGCAUUUACAUGUAGCUGGUGUAACCCAUGCUCUUGUAAGUAUAUAAUGAUGUCAAUAAUCUCAGAAGCAUUUACAUGUAGCUGGUGUCACCAUUGCUCUUGUAAGUAUAUGAUGACGUCAAUAAUCUCAGAAGCAUUUACAUGUAGCUGGUGUCACCCAUGCUCUUGUAAGUAUAUAAUGAUGUUUAUAAUCACAGAAGCAUUUACAUGUAGCUGGUGUCACCCAUGCUCUCAUAAGUAUAUAAUGAUGUCAAUAUUCUCAGAAGGAUUUACAUGUAGCUGGUGUCACCAAUGCUCUUGUAAGUAUAUAAUAAUGAUGUCAAUAAUCUCAGAAGCAUUUACAUGUAGCUGGUGUCACCAUUGCUCUUGUAAGUAUAUAAUAAUGAUGUCAAUAAUCUCAGAAGCAUUUACAUGUAGCUGGUGUCACCAUUGCUCUUGUAAGUAUAUAAUGAUGUCAAUAAUCUCUGAGGCACUUACAUAUAGCUGGUGUCACCAAUGCUCUUGUAAGUAUAUAAUGAUGUCAAUAAUCUCUGAGGCACUUACAUGUGCUGGUGUCACCAAUGCUCUUGUAAGUAUAUAAUGAUGUCAAUAAUCUCUGAGGCACUUACAUGUAGCUGGUGUCACCCAUGCCCU